GAAGCUACUAGAUCCUGCUUUAGCAACCUGCUCAAAACCGUCCAUGUUUCUUAAUCUUGUCUAUAAAUCUCUGAAGGCAGAUGUAGUGUUACGGCGCGUGAAGGCCUUUGUGAAGAGGUUACUUCAAGUCACUUGUGGACAAAUGCCACCCUUCAUUUGUGGAACCCUCUACCUUCUGUCUGAGCUUCUGAAAGUAAAGCCAGAGUUAAGGGUCCAGUUACAGGAUCACGUGGAGUCAGAUGAUGAAGAGUGCUUUAAGGAUCAAGAAGAGGCUGAAGAGGAUGAGGAAAAAUUUGUGGAUGCAGAUAAACAAGUAGAAGGUGAAGAGAGGAGCACAAUGGAAAAUUCUGCUAAAACAAAUGAUUCAAAUUCAACAGCUUCGUGGGUGCAUCAUCUGAACAUGGGAGGCAGGAAGAGUGGAGCUUCGUAUGAUCCUAUGCACCGAAGUCCUUUAUAUUGUGGUGCUGAAAGUACGAGCCUUUGGGAACUGAAGAAGCUUUCUGAACAUUUUCAUCCAUCUGUGGCCCUAUUCGCAAAAACAAUUCUAGAAGGAAAUCCCAUUCAGUACUCUGGUGACCCUUUGCAGGAUUUCACAUUAAUGAGAUUCUUGGAUCGCUUUGUGUACAGAAAUCCCAAACUCAGUAAAGGCAAAGAAAACACCAGCAGUGUGGUAAUGCAGCCAAAGAAGAAGCAGUUCAUGAAAGAUACACAGAAUCUGGCAGUCAACAGUAAGGAAUUCCGUGCCAAAGAUGAAAGCAAAAUCCCAGUGGAUGAAGUGUUUUUUCACAGAUUUUAUUCAAAGUUUGAUAAGAGGAGAGAGAAACAAAAGCGGCAGGAUGAUGAAGAAAGUGUAGAAGAUGUAGAUGAUGAUGAAUUUGAAAGAGCAUUGGAUAAAUUUGAAGCUGCUGAUAAUGCCAUUGAUGUUGGCCAGGAUGACCUUGAUUUUGCUGGUAAUAUAAAAAAGAAGACCAAAGACGGUAAGAAAGGCCAAAGAAGCAAGGAAUCCAGUGCUGACUGGGAGGAUUCUGAUGAUGCAGAUGAAUUCAGUGAUCUGGAUGAUGAGGAAGUCUCCUUAGGAAGUAUGGAGGAAGACUUUGGAGAGGAUAUGGAUGAAGAGGGAGGUGUAUUUAUGGAUGUGUCUGAUGAUGGUAACAGCCUAGACCCGAACAGUGACCAGCAAUUGAAGUCUGUCAGUAAAAAGGGAAAGGAUAGGAAUUUUGUGGGAUCACUUGAAGGAUCCAACCGAGGAAAGAAGAGAAGACUCAAAGACGCCAGUAUACUGGCAUCUGCAGAAGAGUUUGGCUAUCUGCUGGAUGAAAAUGCUGGGUCCAAGUUUGACAAUAUUGGAAUGAACGCUAUGGCCAACAGAGAUAACGCAAAUAUCAAACAGAUCCAGUGGGAAAUAGAGCGUGACAAGUGGCUUCACAACAGGGAUGUGAAAAGCAUCAUCAAAAAGAAGAAACAGUUCAGGCACAGAGGGCUGAAAAACAAGUACAAAGGCAAAAAAUCAAAAAGAUGA